UUGGUUAGUGGCUGUUGUUCGUGGUCAUAAUUUGCAAUAAUUUUAUAUAAACUGGUCUAGCUGUGGCCAAAUUUUCAAAAUAAAGGCAUGAGCACUCGGGAGCUGAAUUUGUAAAGUUCCAUAAUUACAAAAUGAAAAGAAUAUGAAACACAAAUGAUGAAAAACAAAAAGAAGAGGUUUGAUGUUCUCAGUGCAAAUACUAGUUAUAGGCGUCCACGAAGUUCAUUGAAAGUGAAUUUAAGUUGUGCUUCAAACUUAACAGAUUCUGGGAAUGAUUCACUUGACUUUGAUGUGAAUAAUAUAACUUCUUAUGGAAUUCCAUUGAAAAAUGUCAGUAUUGUUUUAGAAAGAAUAGAUACAAAUAAAGAAAACAAAUUGGUCGAAACAUCUGUAACGUCAACGAUAAAACCUAAUCUUUCAAGUAAUAAUUCUUUAAAGAAUAGAUUGUCUACCAAAAUAGCGGACGCUGUGGAUAUAAUUGAACAUAAUAAUGGAAAAAAUGAUACAAAUCAAGAUAUUUGUAAUACACCAAAAACUACAUGUCGAAAUAAGAAGUUGAAAAGAACAAAUGGUCUAGGAAUAUUAAGAAAGAUUUAUGAUCUAGAAGAACAUUUGAAUGUUUGUGAAAAUGUUAAUUUGGUAUCUCAUGUUUCAAAAGAAUUAGCACAAUUAAGAAGUAGAAUAAGCAAUGAUAACGAUCCUAUGUUGAUGGAAAUAGAUGAAAUACCGUGUAGUUCUAAGGAAACAAAUAAUGACAAGCUCGAUUGCUCCAUCAUCUGUAGAAAUAGAUUGUCUCAAUCUUCUAUUUUAAGCAUUUCUGAAAGUGCUUUCACAGAAGUACCAAUCGGCUGUUCUACUAUGAUAGAUGAUAAUGUAUCAGAUGAAGAAGAUAAUGAGCAUCCUGCUCAUACUUCCAUACAGGAAGUAUUAAGAAAUAAUUGUCAAUCUAAUCACUUAAUCCGAGUACCUCAACAAGUGAGUGACGAAUUAGUAGCUCAAUCUGUGUAUGGUAAAGAAACAGUAGCAAUUGAAACAGACAGUGUAAACACAGUGAGAACUUCUUUAAAUGUUAAUACGUCUGUUGAUGUAAUAAACAGUAAGAAUAGCAGUAGAUGUAAACAAGAGGAUUCCAAAAAUGGUAUUAGUAAAAAUAAACGAAGAAAUAGGCAUUCAAUAGUUUCAAGCCUUAUGCAAGAAAGUACGGAUACCGUUCGUACUUCAUUACAAAUGAAUACGUCUUAUACUUCAAAUCAAUUGCAAAAUAAUAUCAAUAUUGAUACAACGAAAAUUUCUACAACAGAAAGUAUAAAAAUACUAGAUUUCUGUGAUGCUAACAAUACAGGGAAGAACAAUUUGGAUGACCAAAGAACAAACAGUCAUAAAAGAACGAGUCAGGAUGAAGUAACUUCAGAAAAAAUUGAUAGCAACUGUAAUGAGAAUGGAACAACUACCUCAUCUUCCAUUGUCAAUGAAACUACUGAUAAAAUUGAGACAGAAAGGAAUGAAAAUAUAAAAGAUUCAAUAACAGUACCUAAUGCAAAGAAAGGUAAAAGAAAACUAUUACCUCUGCAUGAAUGUUCAAAAUUAGUAUCAUUUACUCCAGUACAAAACGAAUGCCCAUUUCCUCGUUCAUUAACAUUUAGAAAACAAUUCAGGGAGAAGAAAAAUAAUAAAUACAAUAAAAGUAAUUCUGGUAACACUGGAGAACGUUCUAUGAUAAAAAAGAAAAAAAGUCAUGAUAAGGAAAAGAAAACACAAAGAAAACCGAGGAAAGUAAUCAGUAAAAAGAUUAUUGUUAAAAAGAUCGCUGAUAAAGACAUUUUAAUGAAAUUAAGUGAAAAUACGGAGAAUUGUAAACCGGAAAUAGCAAAUGUUUGUGCCCCAAAUGGGAGUUCAAACGAUUUUCAAUCGCGGAGAGUAUCAAAGAAGAAACGAACGCAAAGAUUAUAUAUCGUUACAACAGGCUUAUCUAACGAUUUUAAUUAUCAUAGAUGUUCGUCAUGUUCUUAUAGAGAUAAAAGUCUAGUUAAAAGCGUCGUUCGAGCUCUUGGUUCUGCAAAGAUUGAGCCAAAUGUUACAAAAAAUACAACACACGUAGUAACGACGGGCGUGCGAACGAUAAAUCUAUUGCAUGGCAUAAUAAGAGGCUGUUGGUUGGUCGGCCUCGAGUGGGUUUUAAAGUCUUUAGAAAGCAAAGAAUGGUUAAUACCAGAAGAUUAUGAGAUGGCACAUUUCUCGAAAGCAGUAUCGGAGAAUCGUAAAGAUAGACAACUGUUUGGGAAGUCUUAUAUACCAGAGUUGUUCACUGCUUGUGGACCCAUGUACAUUGAGAAGACCACGAAAAUACCAUUUGAUGCUUUGAUAGAUCUUGUAAAAGCAGCAGGUGGUUGUAUUACUAAUAAUCCAGAAACAGCUAAAAUUCUAGUUGGCUCAGGAGGGUUGAAAGAAACUUGGAUUUUAGAUUGCAUUACGUCAGGUGAAUUGCAGUCAUACAAUCAGUAUCGACACUCGUGAACGCUGAUGAAAUCAUGUAACUAAUGACAUUUUUUUACAUUUGGAAAAUAAUGGUUUGUGUCAUAAAUUAAUCAUGUGUAAAUGCCAUUAAAAUGUGAAUGUUAUUGUACAUGUAUAUUACACAUCUAUUUCUCAUUAUGCAGAUACAAUUUAAUUGUAUCUGUGCCAAAUAAAAGUCUGUAUUUAUAAAUGAC